UCAGCCCUUGGCCACCGUCCUGCAGCAGAGGAAUGUGCUCACUCGAGGCCCACACUCGAGGCCCACACUCGAGGCCCACGCCAUCUGCAGUGGACAGACAGACGCACACAGACACCAGGCGUCAGAGGCAGCCGCUGGUCACUGUGCAGCAAGGGCAUUGCAGGGUGACCUUGGGAUGGUCUGUCUGUAUGUGGUGGAUGGCCUGCUGUCCGGCAGCGUCGCCCUCGUCGACUCUCGGCAGCUGAAUGUAGCACGCCUCAUCCACACCACCGGGGCGUCUGUGGCCGUCUCUCACACUGUCGCCGUCCUGGUCCUCCACACGGGGGCUGCGCUGCGUGUGCAACAAACCCCACAUCUUCGCCUUGAGCGCGAGACGCUCACUGCCAG